AUGCGCAAAAUCAGACCAAGAAAUGUUCUUCCGUUAGGGUUGAUGUGCCUUUGUUUCGAGGCUAUUUUGCUCCUCUCUGGCUCUGUGGUUGAGGCAAGGCAGCAGAAAUGCCGUCUGCAGCAUCGGAACCAAGCAGUUCUUCAGCCACCUUCGAACACAGGUAUUGGCGGAGUCGCGAAUACUUCUGCACCAACGACGCGAACAUCUGCACGUACGACCCAGACGGCAUCAGGCACAUCGUCGUCUCCGACACCGACACCAUUCAAUUAUGGUACAGACACAAUCCGGGGUGUCAAUAUCGGAGGGUGGUUGGUAUUGGAGCCCUGGAUAACACCGAGUGUCUUCGAAAGUACAGGAAACGAUAAUAUCAUCGACGAAUUCACUCUAGGGCAACUUCUCGAUUCAAAAACCGCUCAGAACAUUCUUCAAAAUCAUUGGGAAACGGCAAGGAUGCACUUUUUGUACGACUUCGCUCAAAUUUCAGCGGCGGGGCUUAAUCACGUUCGAAUACCGAUUGGGUAUUGGUCCAUCCCCCUGACUUCAUCCGACACAUCCACAUCUACCUCUACAGCACCUUAUGUCACAGGGGCUUGGCCCUACUUUCUAAAAGCACUCUCGUGGGCGGAGAAAUAUAACCUAAAUGUGAUUGCUGAUCUGCACGGAGCACCAGGGUCGCAAAACGGAUUUGACAACUCAGGGCAGAGGACAAACAACCCUGUGUGGGCCACCAACCCUGAUAACGUCACACGGACAGUGGACACUCUGGUGUUUCUCGCUAAGGAGGUGGGAAAUCAAAUCAGCGUGUUGGAGCUGCUAAAUGAGGCGGCGGGCUUUACAAGUAGUGCUUGGGCAUCUGUGGUGAAGAAUUUUUGGACUACUGCGUAUGACGCGGUGAGGGAUGUGGCUGGUGAUGGGAUGGGUAUUAUGAUUGGCGAUGCUUUCUUGGGAGUCCAGAGCUGGACGAAUUUUUUGACCCCACCACAAGGACACGGAGUUCUAAUGGACUAUCACGAAUAUCAAGUAUUCAGCGAUAAAGAACUAAACAGGACAUUUGAUGAACAUAUCGAUUUUGUUUGCACUAACACAUUGCCAACGCUAACAUCUUACGCCUCAUCCAACUUAUGGACCGUCUCCGGGGAGUGGUCCAACGCAAUCACCGACUGUGCAAAAUGGCUUAAUGGCCGCAACGUUGGUGCACGCUGGGACGGGACGUGGUUCCCCGGGCCCACAUCGCAAGUCCAUGGAAGUUGCGCACCCUUCACGGGAAAUUACACAUCAUGGAGUCAAGAUUACAUUACUUUUCUGAGAAAGUAUUGGGAAGUGCAAGUCGAACUUGGAGAAGCGGUCCAGGGUUGGAUAUUUUGGACGUGGAAGGCUGAGAAUGCCGAUGAGUGGAGUUACCAACGCGGAUUGCAAGGCGGAUGGAUCCCCCAGGAUCCCACGGAUCGAAUGUACCCCAACAUCUGUUCAUAG